UUUACUCUCAGAAAUGAGUCUUACAGUAACAUCAAAUAUAACAGAAGAAAUACAGAGCAGAUUAAUGUAGCAGAGUAAGGAAGGUUAUCUGCUCAUUAGGUCACGUGAUGUGUAAAUCAUUAUAUAAAGGCAUGUAUUUGGUUACCUGGCUAUGCGUCAUCCUUGUCACCGCCCUCCUGUGGGACCUCAUUCAUGUUUUCUCCAGGUAUGUGCGUUAGCAGCGUGUAACCUUCCGGCAAACUUUAUGUGCGUUUGUUUACGUUACUUUGUUUAACACUACAGGAUAAUUUGACUACUGUUGUUGGCGUGGGCUGUCUGCUAUCCCAGGUAAUGUGCGCUCUAUUUGUUGGACUGUGGGAACUGGUGUACUGAAACUUACAUGCUGCACCAUUUCAGCGUGCUUUGGCGUCCGGUUUGUGAACAGUGAACAACGUUCAUUCUAGCGAAGACGCUUUUGUUUAGUGAGUUACGACCGCUAAUCUUUGGUUGAUCUGGUCUUCCGACCACUUUCUGGGGAAUGAGAGGGUUAUGUUCGAGGGUUUGACUGCGCUGCUGUUUUGCCUUUGAAACUGUAUGGGUCAUUUUUUAAUUCGAUUUUUAGGCAACGGGGCUUCACUCGGUAUGCCGGUAUUUGUGUCAGCGACUUUGUGUUUAUUCACAUGAACUUCUGAUGUCCGUGGUUCACUGAUAAGUCGCUUAGUUAAUGUGGGUGUAACAUCCUUACUGCAUGUCCUAAAAGGGACACCGUACUCUCUGCAAGAUCCCAGUAAUCUCGCGAGAGUGUAUUUCAUUCUAAGAUGGCCGAAUAAACACAAGUUCAGUGUAUCUCGUGUGUGUUGUAGUUAUUCCAGAGUAUUAAUAGUUUAGCCAGUGUGCAAACAUAAAAUACUACAUGGUGUCAGAGUAGAGGCUUUGAUAACUAGAUAUGGACAGUUUCGGCAUUCCAGCACCCAAGAUGGAUUGGGAUUCAGCUAAUUUACCGGAAGCGUGGCGGCGUUUCAAGCAGCACGCCGAGCUAAUAUUUUCCGGACCCCUACGGGAAAAACGUGAACAAGAAAAAUGCAGCUAUCUCCUAUUAUGGAUCGGGGAGAAAGGGCGAGACGUUUUCAACACAUGGACACUAACAGAUGAAGACGCGAAGAAACUGCAAACAUACUAUGAUAAGUACACUGCAUAUCUUACACCAAAGUCCAACCCGAUUUACGCAAGAUAUCGUUUCCAUGAGAAAACACAAGGGGAUGGGGAAACCUUUGAACACUUUGUCACGGAGUUAAAGCUGUUAGUUAAAGACUGUGGAUACCCCAACAGCGACGAGAUGGUGCGAGACCGCAUUGUGUUUGCUACGAACUCACCGCGAGUACGAGAGAAGUUGCUUAGCCACGGCGCGGAUUUAACGCUAGAUCAAGCAAUCGAUAUCGCGCGAUCUCAUGAACUAGCUCAAGCCCAGCUUAAAGAUAUGGUUGCAGGCAGAGACCUCAACACCGACACGGUACACGCCAUAAGUCGAAAACCGGAGCACAGAAGAGCACAUACGAGCUACAAAGCCAGAUCGAGAGAAUCCGCUACAUCACACCGUGAAUGUGACCGAUGUGGAGGCCCGCACACCACCAAAGACGGCGCCUGUCCAGCAAAAGGCAAACAGUGCAUGAAGUGCAGGAAAUUAAAUCACUUCGCGAAAGUCUGCAAGUCAAAGCAACACACAAACACCCAUACAAGAAAAGUGAUACACACUGUGGAUGAAGACACAGAAGAUGAACAGGUAGAACUUUUUAUUGAUGGACUCACAACUGAAAACACAGGUAAAUGCAAUGAACAAGCGUAUGCUGAAAUUGAAAUUGGAACUCAGAAAAUUAAAUUUAAAAUUGACACUGGAGCACAGACGAAUGCAAUUCCUGUAUACAUAUUUGAAAAACUGUUUAGUGGCACCGCCAUAAAAAAAGCUACUCAAAAAAUCUCUGGCUAUGGUGGUGAGUUCCUGAGAGUAAAGGGUACCUGUCAUUUAAAGUGCAAAUACAAAAACACCUCCACCGUGCUUGAAUUUUACAUAAUAGACACCAAAGCACCACCCAUUCUAGGAAUGAGAGCCAGUCUAGACCUAAAGCUAAUCAAGCUGAUAUUGGCUGUGGCUGAAGACGAAGUGAAGCCAUGCACAGACACCGACAGCCUUCUCAGAGAAUACACAGACGUCUUCCAGGGCAUAGGAGAGUUCCCGGGCGAGUGUAAUCUCCACAUCGACCCGUACGCCACACCGGUUGUAUACCCCCCACGACGAGUACCAAUCGCUCUGCGAGACAGAUUGAAAAAGGAGCUUGAUAAGAUGGAAGAGAGUAACGUGAUCUGCAAAGUGACAGAGCCCACGGAAUGGGUCAAUGCCCUCGUAGUCGUAGAAAAACCCCAGACCGGAAAGCUGAGAGUCUGCCUGGACCCCAGGGACCUCAAUAAGGCGAUACAAAGACCCCACUACCCCUUACCAACUCUGGAAGAUGUCACCACAAAGCUUGCCGGAGCAAAGUACUUCAGCGUUCUCGACGCCAGGUCAGGCUAUUGGGCCAUCAAGCUGAGUACAGAGUCAUCCAUGUUGACAACAUUUAACACCCCCUUCGGCAGAUACCGGUUCCUGAGGCUGCCGUUCGGAAUCAAUUCAGCUCAAGAUGAAUUCCAAAGGCGCGUCGACGAGACUUAUGAAGGCCUUCCAGGGGUUGCCGCCAUUGUCGACGACAUACUUGUCGAACAUGACAACAACCUCAGGGCCAUGCUGAAACGCACAAGAGAAAGAGGUGUGAAGCUUAAUCCAGAUAAAUGCCAAAUAUGUGUCUCAGAAGUCAGCUACUUCGGCCACACGCUGUCGAGUGAAGGCGUCAAGCCAGACCCGGCGAAAGUGAAAGCAAUACAAGAAAUGCAGCCACCAACGAGUAGAGGGGAGCUAGAAACCAUCCUCGGGAUGAUUAACUAUUUGGCCAGAUUUGCACCACGCCUCUCCGAGAUUAAUGCACCACUACGCCAACUACUGAAGCAGGACAGUGAGUUCCUAUGGGACAAAAACCACGACAAAGCAUUCGCGCAGACGAAAAACCUGAUAACACACCACCCUGUACUCGCGUACUUUGACCCCCAGAAAGAGCUAAGACUCCAAGUAGAUGCCUCAAAAUGUGGCCUCGGCGCUGUCAUGCUCCAAGAUGAGAAACCCAUUGCUUAUGCAUCCAAGUCACUCAACAGCACCGAAGUGAACUACGCUCAAAUAGAAAAGGAACUGUACGCAGUUUUAUUUGGAUGUAAGCGCUUCCACGAAUACAUGUACGGCCGGAAAGUAAUCGUUGAAUCCGACCACAAGCCCCUAGAAGCAAUCAUCCGGAAACCGCUGGCUGCAGCACCACCGCGGCUACAGAGGAUGAUACUACAGCUACAAAAGUACAACAUCGACAUCAUCCACCGCCCCGGAAAGGACAUCCCAGUGGCCGACACUUUGUCACGGAAAUCUAUCGAGCACCAAGACAGCAGCCUUAUGGAGAGCAUGGAAGCACAGGUACAUACACUCAUUAGUACCAUUCCAGUGAGUGACAGCAAGCUGAUGGAGAUCAAAGACGCGACAGCUCAAGAUAUACAGCUCACUAAUCUCAGAAAAGCAACACAGAACGGAUGGCCUGACGAAAGAAGGAAAUGCCCGCCCAACAUCCAGGAAUACUGGAAUCACCGAGACGAGAUUUCCGAAAUGGAAGGAAUACUGUUCAAAGGUGAGAAAAUCAUAGUUCCCCAGAGCCUUAGAGGAGACAUGAUCCAGCGCAUACAUGCAGGGCACAUGGGCGUAGAGAAAAGCAAGCACAGAGCGCGAGACCUUCUGUUCUGGCCCGGGAUGGGCAAGCAGAUAGAAGCGGUCGUAGAGCAAUGCAAAAUAUGCCAGGAGCGACGUGAGGCCAACUCCAAAGAACCCCUGUGGUCACAUGACAUACCUGAGAGACCAUGGCAAGUAGUAGGCACAGACCUCUUCACAUGGGACACACAAAACUUCAUUGUCAUUGUGGACUAUUAUAGCAGAUUCUUUGAAAUGGAGCGGCUUACAGGCUGCACCUCGUUGGCAGUAAUCACCAAACUCAAGUCUGCAUUUGCUCGUCACGGCAUCGCAGAGACAGUCAUCAGCGACAACGGACCAUGCUACAGCUCGGAGGAGUUCAGUCGUUUUGCAAACGCGUGGCACUUCACCCACACCACCACAAGUCCGCGUUACCCACAAAGCAACGGCCUCGCUGAGAAAACCGUCCAGACAGCGAAACGCAUCCUGGACAAGGCAAAAGCUGGAAACACAGACCCCUACCUAGCUCUGUUGGAAUAUAGAAAUACUCCAGUGGACAACUACCAGUCACCUGCCCAACUUCUGAUGAGCCGACGACUACGCUCCAUACUUCCAGCGACUAGCAGACAUCUGCAACCACAGGUAGUACCUCAGAAAGUUGUGCAGGACAGACGAAAGGCAUGCCAACACCGCCAACAAACCUACUUCAACAGGGGUACUAAACCACUACCUCACCUACCUAUUGGCACACACAUUCGUUUCCGUCAGGAGGAUGGCUCAUGGAAGCCUGCAACGGUAACCCAACAUGCACAAACACACAGGAGCUACCACAUCCAAACAGAUGAUGGACAGACCCUCCGACGGAACCGCUGGCAUCUCCGCGAAAGCAGAGACAUCCAAGGCACCAAAGACACACAACAUGCAGACACACACACCAACGACACACAAUCACCACACCCUGAACCUGCAGACCACCCACGACCAGCAAACCAACAACAACCCAACUAUACAACAAGGUCUGGCCGUAUAUCCAGGCCAAGACAAGUCCUCGACUUGUAAUGUAAAGGGUGUAGGCGGAUCGCUGCCCUGAAAAAGAAAAAAAAAUGUUCAUUUGUUGUAUUUUGAUUACUUGCCUUUUGUAAGAAAAUAGCAGGGAUAUGUAGAAAGCACGCAUAAAAAAAAGGGCAACAAAAGGAAAUUAGUUUACUUACAUGUUGUUUACUUACCUGUUACCUCUAAUACAAUGUGAAAUCAUUUUGACUGACUGUCACGUCACUUACCUGAUGCCAAUAUUUGCUUACAUCAUAAUGAUGAAACUAAUUACUACAGAUUGUAUUUUUCAGACUUUCUAUCGUACAGUCAGUAAAAGUGUUCAUGCACAAGUUCAUGUUAUGUGUGUCUAGCCAAUGAUAUGUUUUUCUUUUGAGAAGGGAGAUGUAACAUCCUUAUUGCAUGUCCUAAAAGGGACACCGUACUCUCUGCAAGAUCCCAGUAAUCUCGCGAGAGUGUAUUCAUUCUAAGAUGGCCGAAUAAACACAAGUUCAGUGUAUCUCGUGUGUGUUGUAGUUAUUCCAGAGUAUCUAUAGUUUAGCCAGUGUGCAAACAUAAAAUACUACAGUGGGUUUAGUGUUUUACUACAUUUAUUUGUUUUUUUGUGUAAUUGAGAUUUUUUUGAACUAUUUUGUUUUUUUCUUAUUUUGUAUGUGGUUUAAUACCACUGUUUUCUUUGGUCCUGUUUGGGAGUCUGCUGUGUAUUGCCCAGUUUCUCUGUAAACCUUUAACGCCUGCAUGUGUAUUAGUCUGGGCCUAACUAUUAUAAGUUGAGGUUAUUGCCCAGUUUCCCUGUAAAUCUCUAAUGCCUGCAUGUGUAUCAGUCUGGGCCUAACUAUUAUAAGUUGAGGUUAUUGCCCAGUUUCUCUGUAAAUCUCUAAUGCCUGCAUGUGUAUCAGUCUGGGCCUAACUAUUACUACCCUAUAAGGCUUUUGUCUAUCUUAUUGGUAAACUAUAACCUCCACGUGUGUAUUAGAGUGGGCUUGAUGAUUUUGUAAGUGCUACUAUAGGUGAGUUUACUGUCAGUUUGACCUCAGGGGUUUGUGCCAUCAAGUCCGCUGGUGGCGGUUGACUCACAGCACACGUAAAGGUACUGCCUCUUUUAAACGUGGGCUAUUUAAUUUUCUUUUCCAUUUUGUAUCAGUGUUUAGUAGUUUUUGUUGUUUUUGUUUUGUGAUUUAUAUUUAAGUUAAUAUUGGUUUAUGUUGUGUAACUAAUUGUGGGUUGUUUGUUUUUGUAUUUUGGUUUGUAGAUUUGUUUUUUUGACGAUUGUGUGGGGUGGGUCAUUCUUUUGGAUGGGAGGAGAUAAUUUUGUAUUUUUUUUGAGUGACUUUUACACUGUGUGCUGACUUUAUACCUUUCACACGUGUGCCGUGUGUGUGCGUGGUGUUGGGGUGAUUAUUCCGUGUGUAACCGGGGUUGUUAUCUCCUCUUGCUUGAGUUGAGACCCAGCCAAUGUUAAGUGUUGUGUAUGUUAUGUGCUGAUUUUAAGUGACCAGUGUUUGAUACUAUUUUUUAGCUAACAUAAAAUAAAGGUAUAUUUUUCAUUAUUCUCGUGCCCUUGUCUCUUGCUCACUCCUAAGGUAACGAACCUCUGUCCUUUUUGGACUGUUCCCCAGGUAUAUUUGGGGGUGGCGUAGUCGAAAGCUGUGCCCUUUUGGGGCCUUGUUGAUAUUUCAUAAUCUUCCAAUAGAGAAAUUAUAUUUUAACCUGACCGCUCUGCUACAUUAAAAUGAUGAUGAUUUUAUAUGAGAUUUAAUCUGAUGUCACUUUAUUUU